AUGUCCUAUACUACACAAAAUGCUGAACCGGAACAGAGUGAACAACAUCAAGAAAACAAUUGGCAUUUUGGAGUCCCGAACAAUAGUCGGAGUGUUGGUGUGGAACCAGAUGAUCCAAUUGGACAGGUGGGAUUGAACGAAAACGUCGUGAGCUAUAGCAUUCCGGUUGUUUUUGGGAGAAGUGCUUCUGCUUUGCAAACUUUUCGGAUGAUCGUUGAAAGAUCCAUUCGUGACAUUUUCCCUGAUAUCGCUCAACAAAUCCAAGUGCAAACCCGUCUCCGUGAACCUGGGAAUCCUAUCAUCGGCUCGAUUGUCGUUCAUCUACCGGGACAAGAAAAUCCUGUGGUUGACUCCCCGGCUAUAGAACGUGUUAACAUGAUUCAAGAGCAUCUCUCCCAUAUCGAAGCUUUUUUAAGCGUCACUGCUGAGGGUUUCUCCGAUCUGGUUGAUUCCAUUUUGAAUGGCGCUGCAAAGCUUGAUCCAGAAAGUGAAAGAGAACAGCGGAAAACACUCGUCAAUUGGGUUGAGAAAAUGCAAUGCGUUGGAGAGCAAAACGUCGAGAAGAACUGCAACUGGGUUGCAAAUGGGGAGUCGUCUAAUGAAAAUGGUCGAAUGCAACAAUUGGGAACAUCACAAAAUGAAACCGGAAUUCGAAGACAAAACGAGACACAAGGUUUUGAAGGACAGCCACAAUAUCAGAUACGUCAUGGCUUGGCGACAGAUCUUCUGCCAAUGAUUGAGUCCCUUGUUCAGCUGAACACUUUACUUGCUCCACAUUUGAUCCGAAUGUCACGAGUCGUUCGCCACAAUGACAACUUUGAUAUUGGAACUCAAGAGACACUUCUAACAGAUUCACGCGCCAAUUGCUUAACGGUUUAUUUGGAACAACUCCAAAAAACGAUCCACCGUCACUCGCAUGUUCUACAUUUGGUUUCCGAUUUGAAUAUUCAUUUCGAUGAUCCGACCCCUCGUCGCUUAUUUCCACAAUAUUCUCGUUAUCGGGCAGAACCGAGCGCUGAGGGAGAACUUGUCUUCGAUGUCUACUUGGAAAGCGAUGAAAAUUCCACGAAUACGAGUCAAACAUCUGCUUUCAACGCUUUAACAGUUCCAUAUGAAGGUCGACCGGAUCGGCCUUUCCUUUCAUCGAUUGCCAGCCCUUUUGGAACCGGCCCUUAUCGUGAAGGAAUGAUGGUACCAAUAGGAAUGGGGAUUCAAAUUUCAGCUCAGCCUCCAGUUGCUCAUCAAAAUCCAUCGGGAUCAUCUGGAAGCCAAAAUUCAAACACUUCGAUCCCACCGCAAGCCGCACAACCACCUCCCGGGAUCACAAUAAAUCGGACGGGAAAUCCCGGUGGUGGACUGAGCUCACUGAUUAGUUCGGUGAUUCAGAAUGCUAUGACAAGGAAUAUUCCUCGAACGACAAUGAUCAAUGUCGCCGGACCAUUGUCACGGCUUGGCGGGCCCCCCCGCCCGGGUGGCUUGCAACCCACACAACAAGUUCCAUUGAUGGUGCCAACGCCAAAUCAUCAACAUUUACACAAUCACAAUCUUCAUCAUUUCUCCGCACACCAUAUCGGACAUCAUCCGAUGAUGUCUCUCGGUGCUCCCAAUCGACAAAACGGCAACAAUUCAGCACAACAACAGCAAACUCGCAAUUCAACACCAUUACAACCACCCGUUGCUCCUUUACAUAACCAACAAAAUGUCAUCGAUUUUCCACGAGAGGCUCAAUUGCAAAGGAGGCUC